GUUUCACUUGUUCCAUUAUUUGGUAAAUACGACGAGUUCCGUUCCAAUAUAAUAAUUCCAGGUAGCUAUACUUUUCAGCCCGACCGAUCUCGGAUCCAUCUCUCGUAUUGCGCCGGGGAUCUCGUUCCUGGAUGCUGAGAUGUGAUCUGAAACAUGGCUUUGGAUGCUUCAAGUCCCCCUACUUCCUGCCCAGCCAGCCAUGUCUUUUUAUUAUUAUUUUUUUUCUCCUUCUGUCUCUGCCGGAAUAUAACAUCACAAGUCCCCGGGGGUAACCCCUGAGUAUUCCGAAGUGGUACAAGAGGGAAAAGUACGGUGGCACCGUCCCAUUUUCGCAAUGCUCCUAGUAUGUGAUCGCGAGAGCGGCGGAGACACCGAAGAUUCCAUGUUCCCCACACCAGGAGCGAUGAUCAUUGCGGUCGGGUUCCUGAUACGCGCUGAGAUGCAUGUGCGUCUUUGGCAAAUGCGGCAUGAAUGGCCACCGUCACCUCCAUGUCAACAACCUGAUCAUAUCGGUCGGUCUGUGUGCCAGUACACUUCACCCCCCGACUAUCUGCUAGGCGACAGUAGUGCAUACAUGGGAUGAUAAACCCGCAUGUCUGACGCAGCAGGCAAGGAAGGGUGGGCGAUGAGUCAGAUCUCGGAUGAUCUUACCUUAUUGCCUCCCAUUCCUCCUGUCCUGCCAUUCCUCCUCCUGGAACGUGGAGCCAGUUAAUUAAUUCCAUCUGGACCCAACCGGUACAUGGAGUACGUUUCUACUGUCCACUCUGGAGUAGGUACUCUCCGUCCCUUUUUCAACGCCCUCUUGACUCGUCUCGUCUAUCCUUCAUGCCGACUGCUUUGAAGGAUGGCGGUGGAGAGGGCAGAGUUUGCCGAUCGACCAUCGCCAGACCGCUCGCUCGUGACAUGGCGGAUCGGUGCCAGCGGUCCCGUAUUGCCGCCCUCGUAGACCCUGGUCUGGG